AUGAAGUCUUAUGAUGGCGUCAAGGGUCGGUGCGUGACGUGUAGGAAAUCAAUGUCACGAUAUCAUGCAUGGAAUCAGAGUCCAGUAUAAAACCAUUGCCAAAUUGCCGUUAACUUUAAAAAUAACAUAGAGGCAGUGACAUUUGUGUACUACCAAGUUAAAUCUCACUUGCACUUAUAAUUUUAGACUCAUUUUAUCCAAAAGUAAUACUCCUUUUCACAGUACUUUCUCACAGUUUCAAUAUGGCGGACAUCGAAAAGUCCUCAUUAGCAAACUUCGGGGAGGUCGUAUCGAAAAACUUAAAAAGAUCCCACAGAAAUGAAAAGAAAACAUAAAACAUCUAUCCGUAAACUAUAGAGAAAGCUUAUUCUGAGGAUUUAUUUUGGCGUAUAUGUACCGACUUUUAUGUCACUUUGGAGCCAUUCAGAAAAGGCAACGACGUGCACGUGCCUCUCCAUGGAUCUUAUACAGUAAGCAGUCUUCAAUAUAAACAAUAUCUAAUUUACCAAGGGGCGAACUAUUUCUUCAUAGUAAGAAAUCAUUUAUUGGCUUUAUCCCGCUAACUUGAGAGAGCCACGAAUAAAGUGAAAUUUCAGUUCAUCAAAGAGUUCAUUUUGGUUCAAAACGGACCAAACCGAUUCUAUUUAAUUCGCCUUAUAAACGCAAAAAAUUAGACCAAAUUAACCCUCUUUUGUUACCUACGAUACAAUAUUCUAUCAAUGUUUUAAAAAAGUAUCAGCGAAAACGAAUUUUGAGCUUUACUGACGAUUACUAUUCAUACCCACUGCAGAUUGCUACAAAAUUUACUCUGGGCACUAAAUUAAAUUAUUCGUACUCACCUCAGAAUUGAAAUAUCUGUACUCCGGCUACGUUUCUGGUAAAGCGCACACGAUUAAACCAAGAAUUUAUACCAAAUUUUAACUGCAUGUGGCCUUUUCAAUCAUUACCAAACCUUGCAAUCACUUCCACUCUUAUAAGUUAAGCUUAGUAACAUAUGUCGGAAGUGAGUGUCAUUGACAAGAAAAACAGACGGUUUAAAGUUUCUGAAGGUACCCUAGCCCGCCACUGACCCACUAAUGGCCUUGUCAAUACUGAAUCUAUCGCAUUCAAUCCUGUUCAGAGGCCAAAACAAGAGUAUUCAUAAUCUAGAUUCGUUAACAAUGCGAAAGAAAAGGAUGCUAUCUCUAAUUGCAAUUUAAAAGACACUUUACGUUUUGCAAAGGAGGGUUACCUCUUAACUUGGAACAGACAAACCGUCAGGCCGGUAAUUGUCCUUAGAACUAAUUAUAGAUGUCUAUUGACGUCACUAUAAUAAAAAGGAUAGUUUUAUUGCGCACAACUAUCCUUAGAACUAAUUAUAGAUGUCUGUAAACGUCACUAUGAUAAAAAGAAUACUUUUAUUGCGCAUUUCCGAGGCUGUCUAUCUCAGUGAAAGGGAGUACCGGGAUCCUGCGGGGAAAAAUGUAUGUCUCUGAAUGUUUUUUCAAAGUAGCAGUAAAGACUAUUUGGGCCAAGUUUUACAAAUGGCAAUUUAAUUAAAGUGCCAACGUUUAAGUAAAUCUAGCAGUUUCCGUUCGCAAAGCCCUAACUGAACAACUCUCGGUUUUCUCUAUCAAAUAGCUUUCUCAGUUACGGACACAUUUUUCAGACGUACGAACGGUGUAGAAUUGGUCCUUGAAGGUGCACUGUCAUAUUAAUGCAAUGUAAAGCAAAACAGAUACCUCCUUAGCUUGUGUAAGCCAACCCCUCACCUCACACAGACCGAUACCUCUUCAAUUCAAAAUGAUCUGUAGCAGCUCCUGGAGCUACCAAAAAUAUUUGUAUAAAGCUUGAACAAACACUACACCUGGGCCUUAAGGCCGAUACACACGGGGGGUUUGCUCCCGGAGCAUGCUCCAGGGGCACGCUCCGGGAGCAAAGCUCCUCCGCGUGUACCAACGAUUUCAUGGGUAUACCUCAUCCUCGGGAGCAGAAUUUCCACCCCGCAAAAUGCUCCACGAUAUUUAACCGGUUAAAUAUUUGGGAGAAAGCGCCCGGAGCAAAUUGAGCGAACUUGAAAACGCUCCCUCGUGUGUACUGACACGUGCAAAAUGAGCAUGGAGCAUGCUCCGGGAGCAAAACCCCUCGUGUGUAUCGGCCUUUGACGACUUUCAAUGUGUCGAGGAAGCCGUUUAAUAAACUAGAGAAUGUUAAGCCUUUUUAGCCCACACAAUCUAAUUCUGAUCUCAGUGGUCGGACGUUCUAACAACAUCUCCUUCAUUGGCUUUAAUUAAUCCUUAAGGGUGCUGGACCAAACCCCCACAAAACAGCAUUUUGGUAGCUUUUAGGACUCCCCCGGUUAACCAUGUUAACUGGUUCUGGAAUUUUCAAAUGAGCGGCACUCGCCAUUAUUGCGAGGGUAGUCCGCCCACUCGGCAGCCAACUAAACUGCUGAGAUUUUGCAAUCGCUUCGACAAUCGAAUCAUCCAUCCAUUCAUUUCUUUUUUUUUUUUUUUUUUUUCAAUCGACAGUGUAAAGAAAUUUAUGGUACAUUAAAGAUAAUGCACAUUUCUAACUAAAUAGACCUUGUCACGGUUUUCGACGCCAUCUUGACGAGUAGGCAAACGUGUGAGAAACUACAGUGUUUAUAUGAAAAUCUGAAUGUCGAAUAAUUUCCAUAACUGACGGCUGUUCUGAAAUAAUCAAUAAAAUAUCAAUUGUAAACUAAAGCUACAAGGCAAAGGAUUGCGCUAAAAAAUUUGGCGGGGGGGCAUACCUGUGCUUAAAUUUCUCCAGAGGCUUGCUUUGGAUUUUCCCUAUAUUUGUCUGUAAUUUUUCCCCGGACUUUCUUACAGACAAAGAACGGUAUAGAAAAUUUUAAAAAGUGGUUCUAGGUCUUCUAGCGCAUGUAACGCCCUCAAUUUUUUUCAGUAGCCGAUCCUUAGGCGUGAAGCUUUAGUUUACAAUUGAUUUUUUUUUUUUUUAACCCAGCUGUUCUACGGAAAUUAUUCGACAUUAGAUUCUCAUACAAAUACUGUAAUUUCUCACGCAUUUGCCUACUCGUCAAGAUGGCGUCCAAAACCGUGACAAGGUCUAUUGUUUACAAGAUCAAAUCUUUAAAGUGGCAAAGGCAAGGAAGCCUAUAUAGAAGCCGGGGGCUUAUAAACAAUGGGCUUCCCGGAUCAGAAAAGGAUUCCCACCCCCUAGCUAGGAUGGGUCAGGGUUAAAGUAUACAGUCUAACACUAGAGCUGUCACGUUCUUACGUUUCGUACAUUGUACUUCAGUUUAAGGUAAUUUAAAACAUACUUGCAACAAGCAAACCUUUACGUGCUACGACUGAUUUGUGACUCAUUAACAUAAUUAUACGCUCAACGCUACUGAAUUAAACACAUUAUUUACUAAUAGAUCACUUCCUCUUACGCUGGUCCCUCGCUGUAGCCUUUUUGGGGACAUUACAAAUGUGUUUAGGCCAACCACUCUAAACAAUAAUUGACAUUAUCGGUUACAAGAGACUUGUCGAACAAUAUAAUUCUGUAUAAGCUUUUUGAUAACACGAAACACGGAUAUUCAUAUAUAAACUAGAACGCGAUAAGUUCUAAUAGAGCUUUCAAGCCCUCAAUUCCCUUCCCAUUCCCUUUCGAACGCCUGCCACGCAGGCUAUCAAACUGACGACGACGACAGCAUUUAACAUGGCCAUGUUACACGGGACGUUUCACAACGACGAUUAUCAGUGUAACACAGCGUCGCAGCAUUGUCGCGACAUUGUUAUCAAAUGGUAAAAAAGAAAGUUUCAACGUUGGUGUCCUAAAAAUCGUCGUCGCAAUAGUCUCGUAUAACAUCACUUUUAAACGUCUGGUCAUCCCCAUCGCAAGAAUCGUAUCAAAAUGAGUUUUAGCGAUAUCAAAAACACAUCAUAUAUAUAAAUAAAAAAAACUGUUUAACUUCCCUCGCGUGGAACUCCCUUAUUUGGCCUAAACGGGUAUGUGCCGCUGAAUAGGGUAAUUGGUUUUCAUGGUCUUCAGUCGAUCUUAAAGUUUAAACAGGGUGAUAUAAUCAAUUUCACUACGCGUGUAUCGUCACACUUAUUGGUACCAUUCUUUAGCCCUCACUACGAGACUACGACAACAAGGCUCUUUUCCACUUACAAGGGUAAACCGGUCGGAUCACAGUUUGGGCAAAUGGUAAGGAAAUUUUCAGACUAGUUUAUGGCAUAAGAGGGUCCCAUGUUCAAAUGUCACCAAGAGUACUUCGUAUGAAGGCAGACCUGUGUAAAAACGCACCUUCUCGUCACCUUUAAAGAAUUCCCUGUCUGGUGCUUGAUAGCCGCUACUUUUGGGGACAAGAUAGUCAAAUUCUUCUGUCUGGGUUUCAGCGUCCUUGUCGGGCGCUUCUAAACAGCCAGUUUCUCGAUAUAAAUAAUCGAAUGCCUCUGUUUGGGUUUCAGCGUCCUUGUCGGGCGCUUCACAUCUGACAGUUUUGCGAUAUAAAUAAUCGAAUGCUUCUGUUUGUGUUUCUACACCAGUUGCCAUACUUUCUUGUUGUUGUUCUGCUUCGUUAGCACAAACAACUGGAGCAUCUUCAUGCGCGAGAUCCAUCGCUUCAACAUCUCCCAAGGUACUUGCUGAAUCGCUGGAAAAAUUUAUAUCCACAACCCGUGGACCGCUUUCAUUCAGAAGUGUCAUUUUCUUCGCCGCCUCGAGUUGCUGUUGUUCUAAGGCACUCUUCCUUCGAGCUUUUGCUCUUUCAGCCCGUUCGGUCGCCGCCUCGGAGCUUUUUUCUCUGUAUCUCUUUUUGCCAAGGUUUAAACUCGGAGCCCAAUCGACGUUGUGUUUAUCCCAGCGCUGGGAAGGUUUGCCAGACACGAAGUGGCGGCCACAAACUCUUUCACUCUUUAAGAUGUCCUUGUAUUUCACAUCGUCUCUGCUAAUCGCAGAAAUCCACUUCUCGCGCCUCAUUCUCGUUAGUUCCUCCGUUUCUUCACCUUGAUUAUAAAUAACCGAAGGUAUACAAAACAUACCAACUCCUUUUGCUGUAUCGCUUUUGCUCGCACAGCCUACAACAAUACACAUAACCAUUGUUACAUCUCGGUCCUUCUCCAGUCGCGCGUCUCUUCGAGUCAGCUUUGUUUACAUGUCAGGGGCACCAAUAUGGCGGACGCCGCACGUGGUCAAUUUACAGGUCACGUGGGUGAAAACCAAGAAUACGGGCGUAAAUUUUGGCUCAAUCCCGAACCCGACUUUCGAUCCCGAAUCUCGCCCUAUUCUGAAUCCAAACCUUCAAAUAAAACCGUAUCCCUGAACCCGAAAAACGCGUUGGGGGCCCUAAAAAAAAAGUAACGCCGAGAAAGCCUGAACUUAAAUUUAGCCCCCUGUAAGGGAAUCCGAAUUCCGGAAAUCGGAGAAAUUUUUUCUUGUGUGAAUCCGGCUCCUGGGCCUUAGAAUCGGGAAUGCAGCUCAAGGAAACCAAAAUCUCAAAUACGAUUAGAAUCCGGAAUCCAAUUUCCACUGACAAAGGACCCGGAAUCCAGUAACUGGAUCCGGAAUCAAUUGAUCACUGCAGAAAUACCAUAACAUACCAUAAUAGAAUAAUUUUUAACUUCAAAUAAUUUUAAUACCAUAAUUUCAACUCCCAAGAGAAACUGAAGACAAUGCUUAUGCAAAAUUUUGGGGUGACAAACAAAGAACAUUAUGGUAUGUUAUGGUAUUUUCUGGAGUGGUCGAUGGGGAGGCGUGGAAUCCAGAAUCCAAGAUUGUUUUGGAUUCCCUCACAUGGAGUCAGUUUAGCGUCGCUGCUCGUCUACUAGAAAGGGAGAACGAAGCGGUAUAAAGUUAGUGUGUAAGUUCAUUCGUAAGUUCCCCAUCAAAAAAUUUUUAUAACUACGCUUCAUGGAGGGCGUGUAAUGUUAUUUAAGAUAUCGACUUCAAAAAAAUCUACCUAAGUUUGACAAACGGAGCGUGUUAGAUAAAACGAUGAGGAAUAUUUUUUUUUAUUUCGCAUUUCAAUUUUUGAAAGAAGUUGGGGGGGUGCCAUAAUAACAUGAAAUGCAUCUUGCACAUGUCGACAACAACUCCUGUUUAUCUCAUGAUGUUGAAUUGUUUGUUGUUUGUUUGUGUUUGUGAAAUAAAUUAAAGGGCGAGUUUUAUCAAGGACACAUGCAGAUUGCCGUUAACUUCGUCCAUAAAAAGAAAGAAGAAAAGCCAUUUCGUUUUUUUUUUUUUUUUUUUUUUUUUUUUUUUUGGGGGGGGGGGGGACUAGUAUUUUAUUUCCAUAAGACGAUAGUUAGGAACAAGGCAUUGAGCUGUAUCUGAAUUCAUGAAAUUGACAAUGCUUUCAGUUUUAUGCAGCUCUAUUUAAUAUUAUAGCUUUCGUGGUGUCAGUUUAAAGUUUAAAAAUAUAUUUAGUAGAGGGGGCUAGCUAGGUGACCUUUUAUUAGCAUUAGGUGGUCCCCAAAGCCAAUAUCUAAAAGAAAUCCAUUCAUUUGGUGACUCUAAUAAACACCAAAAAAAGCCGAAUCACGCCUGAGGCCAUCAGUAUACGUACAGGCAACCGAGGUAGUUCAAAGUGAAACUGAAAUUUUGAAGUUCCUUGUCUGAGUUCUACGAAUGCAGAUAAAAAAUGCUAGACAUCAAUAUUUAUAUCUUGAGCUGGAUUUUGAGAGCAUUAGGUCGCGAAAUAGGCCUUUUCCUUCAUCUCCAACAUAAACCUACAUAGUUAACAUAAAAACCAAAAGUGUAACUAAUGCAAUUCUAUCCCCCCUCACGUCCUUUCUUUCUCCUCGCUCUUAUAGUUACUCCUCUUCUUUUCUUUCGUCACUUGUGAAUUUCGGUCGUUAUCGGACGCAAAAAAGCGUUCCUUCUGGCCCUUUUCCACGCAGAUGGCGCCAAAUUUCUCUAGGUUUGUGUUUUUCAUUAUCAUUAAGGUCACAUAUUGCCACGGCGGCGGCGCCGGCUUACUUUAGUGCUUAUAAGUAAGUCAUAACAACCUAUUUGCUUACUUAUGACGAACACCUUACAGUGGAACAUAACUUUAAUAGUUCCGUUAGCAUUACUAGAAAUAAAAUGCAAAACAUAACAAAGCUAUUUCCCCACGUUUCCUUCUUCGCAUGUCAGUAAACAACGUAAAUGAUAAUUACCAAGGUAAAACACAUAACCUGCCUUAACCAAAGACCAAUAAUAGUGCAUUUAAAACAUAAAUACUAGAUCACCACAUCACCUCGGGUGGUCUUUCUACACAUUUUCCGUUAUUGAAUUAUAAGACUGAAAUAAGAUGAAUCGAAACAGAAACGUCACUUAGCGCCUCAGGAGGUCUUCUUCGUGAUCUCAUGUAGUUCAAAACGCAAAGCAGACGAUGAAUCAUCACAAACUUGUUAACAGCCGGAGGCAGCAUUGUUGCGAAUUAGGGAUAUGGAGUCCAAAAAGUUAUUUGUCUUCAUAACGUUGUGGUUUAUUCUAAGCUGUGAGCUGUUAAGCCGGACAAGUUCUGAUGCGUUUGAGGGGCCAAAACGGAGGAAUUACAGACGGCGAAGGCGACUUGAUCAAAGAAGACGUUUUGAAAGACGCGAAAGAAGGGAUGAUGCUUUUGUGUCUUCCGUCUUAAGGAAGAACUUGCACGGCGUGUCCAAUUUGGUACUGUUUUGUUUUAAGUUAGAAAUAACAAUUAGUAUUCUAUACCACUAUUGAUUAGCAAAAUUUGAUAGUCAGUUUGAUUUAUGAAGCUCUGAGUAGGUUAAACAGAACUUGGCAAUAGUCAUUUCGAACGAGUAUAAGGCCAUUUAUUGGAAAACCAUUGUUGAGUAUACUUGGUAUACCCAAACCCUGAAUUGCUGAGUUACUGUUCUGAAAAAGAAAGUAAGAAAGAAAAGAUAAAGUCCAGAUCCUAUGUUCUCUACUUUUACCUAAAGAUAAACUUUAUUUUUAUCCGUCAUCUUAUUUCUUCACUAUGAAGUCUUAAAUAACUAAUCGUUGGACAAUUUGUCAGACAAUUUGUUCUUAAAGCACUUCUUUAUUCUAACUCCAAGCCUACGUCCACCACAACCUAUUGCACAGCUUUUUGCGGACUAUUAGCGGGCCAAACGAAUCGUGUUUAUCUAGGGGUAAAAGACUGAAGGAAAAAAAGCCCUAUUGAAUCGACAACAUUGCGGAAGAUAAAUCGCACCAAGAAUGGAAGAGGAAAUAGGAACACCGACAAAAGAAAAAAAUUAAUAACUUGAAUAUAGUACAAGAAAGAAUACCGCUUGCUUUGUUUGCACGUCUCCGUGCGUAAAUACAAAAGAACAGGUUGAAUCAACAAUGCUCAAUACUUGUCUACGACCUGCAGGUGGAAACGUGCAAGGUAUUUGGCAGUAGUGGAAUUCGGUUUAUGACUAUGGCGGUAACAUCACAAUAUGCCGCUCUUAAGCUGUCUUUAUGACGUUCAGAUUUCAGAGAAAGUAAAAAAGAACCUUUAAUGUGCUUUUUAGGUUUGACUAUUUUCUGAUUAUUCUUUUUUCUUUUUCUUUUUCUUUUUCUUUUUCUUUUUUGUUUUAUUUUAUUUUAUUUUAUUUUUUAUGGCGGUAGGGGGUAUUCCUAUUAUUUAGUUAUUCUUUAUGCCAUUUUUUUUUUCCUUUUCCACUCUGCCACGAGCCCUAUUUAAUUGUUAUAACUAAUACAGACUGUAUAUAAUCAUAUAUUUAACGGGCCUGAAGAAAAAAUAUCAAGCACUUGGAAAAUCUUAGAUUUGUUUUGUUGAUAUAAUUAUAUUAAUUCAUUUAAUCGUUUAUUAAUACAUGAAGUUGAAAAGAUAUGAUAAUUGUUAUAAUCAUUGAUCUGUGGCAUUAAUUUGUUUUUAAUUUGUCAAUUACAUCAGGACACAAGAAGAGCACAGCGUCGAAUGGCAAGCGUUCUACCUUGACUCCAGAUCAGCUGACUUUAAACAAACGGAAAAGAGACGUACCACCGUUUUAGAGAGGCAUGAUUUUUAAGUACACAUAGGGUUGACAUACAGUGUGGAUUCAUACAUGAUAAUACAAACACAAAGGAUAAAAUACUGGUUAAGAGAGAGUAAGGCGAUGGUCAAAUGAUUUUUUUGUUGUGUCAUGUCUUGGUGUCAUUGCAGUUUAGAUUCACUAAAUCAAAUAGCAGGGUUAUACAGCCCGAAGGUGCGUUUAUUAACACAAACUAUGCAUCUAAAGUAGUCGUGAAACGUCAGUCCAACAUUGCAGGAUUUAAUACUUAAACCGACAGCUAAUAUCACAGCUAAUAUCAAUGACAGCUUGGUUAAAAGUUAACCAGCACCUCUACAAAGAUGAUCGAUAACCUGAUGCUGGAAUAGCAAAGCAGUGACGAACAUUGGAGUACUGACCAAACUUAAGGCUGGUUUUUCACUAGCGACGGAGUCUGAGUCGGAGUCGUAAUCAGAAGCGUAGAGCUUAUGAUCUGGUGAAAACAGCGUUCCGAUUCCGUUUACGACUCCGUCGCUUACGUUUCGCUUAUGAUCUAGUGAAAACCAGAUUGUCGUGGUCAGAAGCAGAAGCAGAAGAACUAAACCAAUCACAAAGCGUGAGAAAGUGCAUUGUGAUUGGUUUAUCCUUCCAACUUCUUCCAACUCCGACAGUCUGGUUUUCACUAGAUCAUAAGCGGAACGUAAGCGACGGAGUCAUAAGAGGAGUCGGAAGAAGUGGAAACGUUCUGAUUCUUCUGACUCCGAUUCCAUCGCGCUUAUGACUUCGCUUACGAAGCUCCGAUUUUUGAUCUUCGCUAGGUCAUAAGCGCUCUUACCACUCCACUUACGACUCCGACUCCGACUCCGAUUCCGUCUCUAGGGGAUUAACAGUGUAAAGUAAGAUUAAAACGAGUAAAGUCUUAUUUAAAGGAAGUUGUGAUAAUCAAAACAGACGAAAACAGACAAGUAGGGCAUAUCAUAUAAAUUUUCCUGAAGAUUUUAAAGACUGUAGCAAUGAAUAAAAAUCGUUUAGUACCGUAGUCCAGUGUGUACUGGGCCUCUUAACUAAGUUUUUGGGGGUGAUUUUUCAUUUUUCACUUUCGGUAACAAAAUACUUCUUACAACAAAUGUAUAUCGGAAAAUCGGCCCCAAUCAAAUUCUGUAUCUGUAUCUUUGUAGGUUCACAAAAGAAAGAAAAAACGUUAAAAAUCUAGCAAGUAGAAUUUCAAAAAAUACAGAAAAAAUAACGCUGAAAAAAUUGGUCAUGGUCCCUCUAUCUGAUUAAGCGAUAAAUUCGUACCUGAAUCCUAGAGUUUCAGGAUUUAUUCUUUCGAAUUCACACUUUUCCAGCCAUUUUCUCGAGGCAAACUGUAGCGGCAGCCGUGUUGCCUCAAAAUUAACUACAUGUGUCUGUCAUUUUUAGCAUAAGUUCCCCUGAGAAAAUAAACGGCUAAUUGUAGAUCAUGAAAAAAAGGAAACGAACCGUUAACUUUGACAUCGACAUACACAAUUCAUUUAACAGACGAAAGGGGUAAAACAAAACAAAUAUUAUUGUGCCUGACAAUCGACAAAAUUCCCCUCCAUUCCCCAUAACGGAUGAAGCGCGCGUUAGAUACUCAAAAGAAUUAAUUUCCUUCAUCUCCAACAUAAACCUACAUAGUUAACAUAAAAACCAAAAGUGUAACUAAUGCAAUUCUAUCCCCACCCCCCUUCACGUCCUUUCUUUCUCCUCGCCCUUAUAAUUACUCCUCUUCUUUUUUUUCGUCUCUUGUCGUUAUCGGACGCAAAAAAAGUGUUCCUUCUGGCCCUUUUCGACGCAGAUGGCGCCAAAUUUCUCUAAGUUUGUGUUUUUACAAAUCAGCUUACUGACCCUUACUUUAUUUUGUCAUUAUCAUUAAGGUCAUAUAUUGCCACGGCGGCGGCGCCGGCUUACUUUAGUGCUUAUAAGUAAGUCAUAGCAAACUAUUUGCUUACUUAUGACGAACACCUUUACAGUGGAACAUAACAUUAAUAGUUCCGUUAGCAUCACUAGAAAUAAAAUGCAAAACAUAACAAAGCUAUUUCCCCAAGUUUCCUCUUCGCAUGUCAGUAAACAACGUAAAUGAUAAUUACCAAGGUAAAACACAUAACCUGCCUUAACCAAAGACCAACAAUAGUGCAUUCAAAACAGAAAUACUAGAUAACCACAUAACCUCGGGUGGUCUUUCAACACAUUUUCCGUUAUUGAAUUAUAAAACUGAAAUAAGAUGAAUCGAAACAGAAACGUCACUUAGCGCCUCAGGAGGUCUUGUCCGUGAUCUCAUGUAGUUCAAAACUCAAAGCAGUUGACGAGUCAUCACAAACUUGUUAACAGCCGGAGGCAGCAUUGUUGCGAAUUAGGGAUAUGGAGUCCAAAAAGUUAUUCGUCUUCAUAACGUUAUGGUUUAUUCUAAGCUGUGAGCUGUUAAGCCGGACAAGUUCUGAUGCGUUUGAGGGGCCAAAACGGAGGAAUUACAGACGACGAAGGCGACUUGAUCAAAGAAGGCGUUUUGAAAGACGUGAAAGACGGGAUGAUGCUUUUGUGUCUUCCGUCUUAAGGAAGAACUUUCACGGCGUUUCCAGUUUGGUACUGUUUUGUUUUAAAUUAGAAAUAACGAUCUGUAUUCUAUACCACUCUUAAUGACCAAAAUUUGAUAGCCAAUUUGAUUUAUGAAGCUCUGAGUAGGUUAAACUGAGAACUUGGCAAUUUAUUGGCCAUUUGUUGGAAAACCACUUUAGAGUAUACUUGGUAUACUCAAACCCUGAAUUGCUGAGUUACUAUUCUGAAAAAAAAAGUAAGAAAGAAAAGUUAAAGUCCAGAUCUUGUGUUCUCUACUUUAACCUAAAUGAUAAACUUUAUUUUUAUCUUAUCUUAUUUCCUCACUAUGGAGUUUUGAGUAACUAAUCGUUGGACAAUUUGUCAGAAAUUUUUUUCCUAGAGCACUUCUUUGUUCUAACUCCAAGCCUUAGUCCAUCACAACCUCAGUGUUGUACAGCUUUUUGUUGACUAUUAGCGAGCCAAACGAUUUGUGUUUAUCUAGGGGUAAAAGACUGAAGAAAAUAAAGGGAAAAAGCCACAUUGAAUCGAAAAACAUUGCGGAAGAUAAAUCGCGCAUAGAAUGGAAGAGGAAGUCGGAACACCGACAAAAGAAAAAAAUUACUAACUUCAAUAUAGUACAAGAAAGAAUACCGCUUGCUUUGUUUGCACGUUUCCAUGCGUAAAUACAAAAGAACAGGUUGAAUCAACAAUGCUCAGUACUUGCUUACGACCUGCAGGUGGAAACGUGCAAGGUAUUUGGCAGUAGUGGAAUUCGGUUUAUGACUAUGGCGGUAACAUCACAGUAUGAAGCUCUUAAGCUGUCUUUAUGACGUUCAAAUUUCAGAGAAAGUAAAAAAGAACCUUUAAUGUGCUUUUUAGGUCUGACUAUUUUCUGAUUAUUCUUUUUUCUUUUUCUUUUUCUUUUUUGUUUUAUUUUAUUUUAUUUUAUUUUUUAUAGCGGUGGGGGGUAUUCCAAUUAUUUAGUGAUUCUUUAUGCCAUUUUUUUUUUCCUUUUCCACUCUGCCACGAGCCCUAUUUAAUUGUUAUAACUAAUACAGACUGUAUAUAAUCAUAUAUUUAACGGGCCUGAAGAAAAAAUAUCAAGCGCUUGGAAAAUCUUAGAUUUGUUUUGUUGAUAUAAUUAUAUUAAUUCAUUUAAUCGUUUAUUAAUACAUGAAGUUGAAAAGAUAUGAUAAUUGUUAUAAUCAUUGAUCUGUGGCAUUAAUUUGUUUUUAAUUUGUCAAUUACAUCAGGACACAAGAAGAGCACAGCGUCGAAUGGCAAGCGUUCUACCUUGACUCCAGAUCAGCUGACUUUAAACAAACGGGAAAGAGACGUACCACCGUUUUAGAGAGGCAUGAUUUUUAAGUACACAUAGGGUUGACAUACAGUGUGGAUUCAUACAUGAUAAUACAAACACAAAGGAUAAAAUACUGGUUAAGAGAGAGUAAGGCGAUGGUCAAAUGAUUUUUUUGUUGUGUCAUGUCUUGGUGUCAUUGCAGUUUAGAUUCACUAAAUCAAAUAGUAGGGUUAUACAGCCCGAAGGUGCGUUUAUUAACACAAACUAUGCAUCUAAAGUAGUCGUGAAACGUCAGUCCAACAUUGCAGGAUUUAAUACUUAAACCAAACCGACAGCUAAUAUCACAGCUAAUAUCAAUGACAGCUUGGUUAAAAGUUAACCAGCACCUCUACAAAGAUGAUCGAUAACCUGAUGCUGGAAUAGCAAAGCAGUGACGAACAUUGGAGUACUGACCAAACUUAAGGCUGGUUUUUCACUAGCGACGGAGUCUGAGUCGGAGUCGUGAUCAGAAGCGUAGAGCUUAUGAUCUGGUGAAAACAGCGUUCCGAUUCCGUUUACGACUCCGUCGCUUACGUUUCGCUUAUGAUCUAGUGAAAACCAGAUUGUCGUGGUCAGAAGCAGAAGCAGAAGAACUAAACCAAUCACAAAGCGUGAGAACGUGCAUUGUGAUUGGUUUAUCCUUCCGCUUCUUCUUCCAACUCCGACAGUCUGGUUUUCACUAGAUCAUAAGCGGAACGUAAGCGACGGAGUCAUAAGAGGAGUCGGAAGAAAUGGAAACGUUCUGAUUCUUCUGACUCCGAUUCCAUCGCGCUUAUGACUUCGCUUACGAAGCUCCGAUUUUUGAUCUUCGCUAGGUCAUAAGCGCUCUUACCACUCCACUUACGACUCCGACUCCGACUCCGAUUCCGUCGCUAGGGGAUUAACAGUGUAAAGUCAGAUUAAAACGAGUAAAGUCUUAUUUAAAGGAAGUUGUGAUAAUCAAAACAGACGAAAACAGACAAGUAGGGCAUAUCAUAUAAAUUUUCCUGAAGAUUUUCAAGACUGUAGCAAUGAAUAAAAAUCGUUUAGUACCGUAGUCCAGUGUGUACUGGGCUUCUUAACUAAUUAUAACUGCUUUUGGUGGUGAUUUUUCAUUUUUCACUUCCUGUAACAAGAUACUUCUUACAACAAAUGUAUAUCAGAAAAUCGGCCCCAAUCAAAUUCUGUAUCUGUAUCUUCGUAGGUUCACAAAAGAAAGAAAAAACGUUAAAAAUCUAGCAAGUAGAAUUUCAAAAAAUACAGAAAAAAUAACGCUGAAAAAAGUGGUCAUGGUCCCUCUAUCUGAUUAAGCGAUAAAUUCGUACCUGAAUCCUAGAGUUUCAGGAUUUAUUCUUUCGAAUUCACACUUUUCCAGCCAUUUUCUCGAGGCAAACUGUAGCGGCAGCCGUGUUGCCUCAAAAUUAACUACAUGUGUCUGUCAUUUUUAGCAUAAGUUCCCCUGAGAAAAUAAACGGCUAAUUGUAGAUCAUGAAAAAAAGGAAACGAACCGUUAACUUUGACAUCGACAUACACAAUUCAUUUAACAGACGAAAGGGGUAAAACAAAACAAAUAUUAUUGUGCCUGACAAUCGACAAAAUUCCCCUCCAUUCCCCAUAACGGAUGAAGCGCACGUUAGAUACUCAAAAGAAUUAAAUAGAAUUUUACUUAGCUUGUAUAUCGAUUUCAUCUAACCUGAGAAGUUAACUAAAAUUAAUUCUAAAAAUAGAUUCUUUUCGACUUCAUCGAUAUUGACACUUUAAAAUAACAUGUUUAAAACAAAAUGAGAGUUUAAUGUUUUAAAACAUGUGUCGAUGGUUAAGCAGAAACAAAUCAUUUCUUAUUCAAAUUCAGAACUGGAAAAAAUAAGAGUUUCGUUUAUUUUGUCUCGACGCUUUAUUAUUUAAAAAAAUGUAAAUAGGGCUGCUUACUGCAUGAAGGUUACGUAAUCAAUCAAAGAGUCCUUGAAGAAACUAAUUUGGUAGAUCAGGGAGUGUUGUUAUCCGAGAAAAAUUUAUUAUCUAUCUUCGGGCCUCUUUUAAAUUGUUUUUGAUGUCCUUUCUCUUCUUUUAGCGAUUUCCUCCAAGAGUAUAUACUCUCCAGGCAUCUCCUUUCCACUUGUCUGCAAAACUCUCUUAGUUCAGCAUUGGUGUUCACCUUAGGUAAAGCAAAAAGAAGAAGGAAGAAAGAAAAGAAAAGAAAAUGUAUAUAUAUGUAUUGAUGACAAUAGCAGGAAUAGCCCGAAUAAUCCUAAGCCGUAAUUUAUUAAUGGAAUAAAUUAUCUACAUGCCUUGAUCCCUUAAUAUUUUUCAUAAUAAAAUAAAAAAAAAUAAAAAUAAAUAAAUAAUAACAUUUUUCAUUUUGUUAUGAGAAAAUUCAAGACUCGAGUUUGAAGAACCCAGAUGACUUCCUAAAUGCAAAGUUUGAAAGCCAUGUAAAGGUUCAAAGUCGUAUAAGUGGAAUACCCGACCUCAAAUCAAACAAAACGGCCACUUCCUGUUCUUAAGACCAUUAGAAACUUCAAGUAAUUGUUCUUUAUUUUUCCGUUAUCAUAAACUGCAGGUGUGUGUACUGUGAGUAUGUUAAAUGGAUUGAAGAAUAAAAUAAACCCGCACGCAGGCGCAGGCGGGGUUCGGGCAGAGAAGAAUACAAUACAACAAAAUGUUACUUUAGAGAAGGUAAAUAAACAUAAAGAAAACUCCAUAAGUCGAUGAUCUGAAUCAAAUAAGUUCAAAACAGCUUUGUUGCAAAGUCUGAAAUUUAAAACGUGGUCUCUUUAAGACGGAAUAAAGUUAGCUUAUUUAAUUUUGACAACAUCUGCCAUGAUCACAGUUUAAUUUGUGAGAAAUACAGAAUUGAUAUUAACGAUAAAAAAUAAAGGGGACAAAUCUGACUUAAACCUAUAUCCGAGGUGUUCUUUGUUCGGCCUAUUUUUGCAGAGUGCUUUUUAAUCUAAAAAUGAGGCUUUAAAAAAUAAGAUAAAAUAAACCAGACUUUCCUUUUAAACUGGCCAAAUUUGUAAGCCUAGGAAACGUUUCAGAAAUUCGUUUUUAAAAAGAGAGGAAAAGCAAGCGAUUACGUAUCAAUGACAUUCAAACGCCUUUAUGAUAUUUUAUAGAUUUCUAAGAAUAAUUGAAUGCUUUUUAAAAAUAUUCACCCGAAGAUUUUAGAAAAUAUAUUAUACAAUGAUAUUAUUUAAAUAGCUCUUCAGUUAAUUUAAUAAUACACCAAGAAACCGAAGCCAAUUAAGGAAGGCUUAGGUAACGUUUCAUUUAUACAACCAGGGAACGAGUAUAAACAAAAAUAAAAAGAUAGUAUCUUCAAUCCUCAAUGCGUGUAUGAAAAAGGAAGAAACAAUUAAGGCCUUUCCAUGAAAAAUUUUCCAAAAAACAAAACAUUCAUGAACUGAACACCAGAGUAGGAAUUAAAGUCAGUGACUUAACCGACAAGUAUUUGUUUUUCUUAAAAGUAGAACAGCAGGUUAUAUGAAGCUGUUAAAUAAAUCUUAAUCUUAACAUGAGUCUGUCGAUGACAUCCUUAACUGAAAAUAUUUGUAUGUUUGCAAUCGUUUUCACUAUACAAGUAAAAGGUGUUGGAUAUGUAGAUUGUAAGCUUGAUGUGGGUAUAUCUGUGAUGUCAGUUUACAUGUACGUAGUGAUACUGCCUAAGUUUGUGAGCUUUUGUGGAUAAAAUCCUUAGGAGUAAGCAUUUAACGACAACUUUUAUGUGGAGUUACUUUGCCCUAUCUAACUAAUUUUCUAGUAGGAAGUAUGUACAAGUUACUUCAAAUACCUCUGGAGCUAAAUCACGUUUUCCAUGUCUAGUGUGCGGUAAGAACGACAAUGAUGGCGGUAAGAGAAGAGAAAACAGAAGUAGAAACGUCGUAGCGAAGAUUUUUGUCUCCAUGAUCAAUUACGUUUCCAAUACUCGUUGCCAGCUUUCGUCUUACGUCAAACGCGAUAACCAAUUGAAAACAGACUGUGAAGUUCUCAAAGCCAAAGUCCUUUUAUAGUGUAACCUAAGCUAGCCGCAGGGUAAGAAAAAGCCAAGAAAGGGUUCCGGGCCUCGUGAUAACAGAAUACUAUUUGAAAUAUUCGAUUCAAUUAUAUUGCCUUCCCUGGAUAGCGUGCUUGAUCCCAGUUUCCCUCCCACUCACAGCGAUUUCUCAUUAAUAUUUUGAGCAAAAGAUAGCGUAGGUAAAAUGACACCAACGCCUACUUUGUACCGAAAGAAUAAACUACCAAAAAAGGCAUUUAAUCAAUUGUUGCUUUUUAAAGAGUAAAUAUUUUACGCUGUUUUACGGCUUAUUUUACACUUUGCUUGCCCUCUUUGCAAGGUUUGUAGCACGCAAAUUACAACAUUAACAAAAUAACUGAAGAAGAUCGGUUGUUUUAAAAAUGCUUUAAGUAACUUGCUGUUUUAAAGAAACUUACAAACACCAAAAAAUAUGAUAUACAUGUGGACAAGGGAACUUUUAACUUAUCUUCUCCACUAGAAACACUAUAACAAAAAGAUUUUGUUAAGACGUUUUUGAAAUAUUGUGAUUGCCUGGGCUACAUUAAUUUUAAGCAAUCAGGUUCCACUGAGAUAAAAUAGGACAGUACCGGUGUGAAAAUAUUUUGGUCGCUCAGGUAUUUGUUUUUAACUCUUACAUUUAUUCUAUUUAGUUUCAUGCUUAUCCUUGUAUACUUUAAAUUAUUUAAAAACCACACUUUCUCAAAAACGUAAAAAGGACAAACACACGCCGGAAAGGGAAGAUUCAGUCAGGCCCAGGAAAAGCUAUGGUGUAUCGUAAGUGCAUGGUAUUGUAUGAAGGUACACUGAUUUUAUCUCUUAUUAAAACAUUUGCAGAAAAAUAAAUAACUUCUUUUGUCACAGCAGGGUUUCUUUAACUAAUCCUUAAAAUCUGCAAGAUGUAAAGAGAUUUUAUUUUAUACAUUCACAUUUCCGUAAAACAAAUCCCUCCUUAAGAAAUGAUCCUUCGAUCCGCAAUAACACACUUCCCAAUUAACCUUAUAAGUCCUCUUGUUUCAAAAUGCGGCUCUGAUGCACGUAUACUUUGAAAGUAUCAUAUCAGAUAUGAAAAAACGUUUUCACCCACACGUUACUGAAAUAUACUCGCUUUCAUGUGAAUGCUUGUGCGUCAUACAUUACCUUGAUAUUGAUGUUUUUUUCUUAUUACAAUUUAUAAGCUAUUUUAGAUCAUUAUAGAACAGGGUUCGGCAGGUCAAAGGAAAAAAGGGCAUAAAAGACAGUACGACUUUGGUGUAACAGUCAUUUAUUUUAUUAUUUGCAAAAUGCGGGAGUGUUUUUCCAACUGGUAUUCAUUUUAUACUAUUGCAAAUCCCCUGACGCCUUUUGUUCCAUUGACUCGCGAAUUAAUUCCAGCAGAACGCUUUGAACGUGAGAAUCCUUACGCUCAUAUAUUGUGCUAGGUCUCAGGUAUAAUCAAGCGUCUUAUUACGUAAUACCCUCCUUUUACCUCUUCCGGCAUCAAUUAGAUAUUUUUGAUUCAAAAUCUUUUGGAUAUCUGUAUAAACCAGAUGAAAAAGAAAACUGCUUUUCCUCUCUUCUAAUCUAAUAGUCGAUCAAGAAUUUUUAUCUAAUAAUUUACCAAUCUUUGAAUAAUAUUUGGCGAAGGCUAAAAUGAUAUAGGGUUAUUUUACAAAAAACUAGAGAGCAUACAAUGUAACUGCAAAAUUUUGAAAUAACAAAACUUUAGAACAAUUUCAGAUUUGAGAACUUGGGAACAUCCUUUUCGGCUGACCUUUGUCCCUAAUUAUACUAGGCGUCAUUUGCUUAAGUUUCCACGCUCAUUAAAAUAAAGCCUGAUUAAAAAACGGAAAAUUUGAUAUAAAGAUUAAUUUAUCACGUUUAUUUAAUAAGUGACAUGAACCGCAACUGUAGUGGUUCUUUUUUUCAAGUUUUAGUGUCCUUUGGUUCAUUCUUUGUUUCUUCAUUUCAUUUUUAUUUUUUUGGUAUUUAUCAGAAAAUAUUAUUUCGUAUCUAAACACUGGUCUCGUUUAAAAUCCUAAUUUAGAGGUUAGCCGAAUAAUUCGCUUCCUCUUAAAGAUAGUUUCAGUAGAUAACUAUAAUUAAAUCAACGAAAAUCGAUCAACGUUUUCAAUUUUAUCCAUGUUGUCGUUUAUUGUGAGGUUUGUCGACUGAUUUUUGGUAUUCUAAAGUUUGGAUGCGGGGAGUUAAACAAAACAAAAAAAUCGCCACCUUUUUUCUAAACUGCGGACCCAAAGUUUAGGCCUUUUUGGAAGAGAUCCUUCCGAUUAUGAGUAAAUCAUACUAUCAAAAUACACCAAUGGGUAGUUACUGGGCUUAACUUAUAAUCCCCGCACAGCCAACAUCGAUAAUAAAUGAAAUGCAGCAGAGAGGUCUAAACGUCAUGAUCAAUAUCAAAGUAAAUAUCAUGCAACAACGGUAUAACCUUAUCACACACAAGCUAUGCUUAUUAUAAUAACAGAUCUUUACCCCAGCAUCGUUUGUUAAACAAGGAAAGCAAGAAGAGUUAAAAACACACAUAAUUAUUCAACCGAGGCAAAAAUUUUUGAAAAUUAAAGGGAAACAUUCUAUGAAGAUGACUGCUUUUAGUCAAAAGUAUCGCGUUAUUUUCCUUUUGAAACUCCUUUAAGCUUGUAAAGUUGAAAGUUUUAAAGCAAAUGUUAUGGGUUAGCUCGAUUAGUGCAAGUAAUCUUAGUUGUACGUUUAAUUCAUCCGGAAAAAACGUAUAAAUUGAAGUUCUUAUUAAACGGGGCGAUGCAACUUGAAGUAAAUCAACUUUGCGAAGCCUGAUAAUGGAGGAGGUUAAACCUUAGCUUGACUAGCUUUUCACUCAUUGACAGCCGAAGGUACUAACAUUAAGUACAGUUUAUCACAUUAAUAAUUUUAAUUAAAAAAAGAAAAGAAGCAUAAUUCUAAUAACUCUUAUUUUCAGUAAUUCUGGUUUUUAUACAAAAUGGUAGGUUGCCAUGAAAAAAAGGUGAGGAAAUUUUCUCAAUAUAGCACUUAUACAAAGGCAGGGACUACUUUUACAAUUAGCCUGUUUAAAACUAAUAGUUUAACUUGCGGUUUAUUUUUCUAGAGUUACCGUGAUGAAAUAGGGCUGGAGUUUUUUCAUGACGAAAUUCUUUAAAACCCAAUAUGUUGUCUCUCUCUUUGGAAUUCCAGCUGAAUUUAUUUGUAUCUUAUAAUGGCCCUUCUCAAAGUUAAUCAUUGAAAGCAACGCUAGUCAUUUGAUGUUUACUGACUUGAAGCGGAUUUCGGUGUUAACGAGCAUUAAUAAUUGGAGAUGCGCAAAGAAACGGUCAAACAUGGUCGCCUCAUUUAAGUGUUUUUUUGUAUCUUGACAUAAUUGUUUGUUACAAUUUUCAUUAACAAUUUACAUUAAGUAAAAUCUCUUUCAACGGGCUAAGCAAUAAAUUAACACGUAAUAGAAUAUCCAGAAAAGAAAUUAUUUUCUCUAAAGAAGGAAAUAAAGUUAAGUCGAUUAUAUGGUUCAAUCGUUUACGCCGUUGUGUGAAAAGCAGGUCGAUUAAUUUGAACGAUAUCGCUAAGUUUUUCUCAGAGCUUAUAAGCGCGUUCAAAAGCGAUUUUGUCAGAAUCAUCUCCGAGAUAGAGAGUCAAGAGUGAUUUCAUUUAUCGGCAGAAUGACCAAGAUAGGCAGUGUAGUGGCCUUGUCCUGUUUUCUUCUUCUUUGUCAACAAAUGAGGCAAAUUGACAGUUUCGCAACCAGUUUAAUGCCAGGUCAAGGGAAAAGAAACCUAGCUUCCGGUAAUGUUUACGACGCGGAAAACGAACUAAGCAAACUUUGGGGAAAGGAUGUUGGUAAGUAA